ACGAUGCUGAAGGUCGCGGACAACUCGGGCGCCAAGGAGAUCAAGUGUAUAGGCCACGUGCGGAAGAGCGUCAGUCGGCUCGGCGACAUUAUCCGUGCAGUCGUCAAGUCGGCGAGGGCGGGGGGGAGGGUGUCCAAAAAGGACAUUGUGGCGGCGGUGAUUGUGCGCAUGAAGGGCCGCCACCGCCGCGACGACGGGACGACCAUCCGCUUCCACGAGAACGCCGCGGUGCUGCUGAAACGGGACCUCUCCGGCCCCAUCGCGACGCGAGUGCUCGGCCCGGUGGCGCGAGAGCUGAGGCAGGUCUCU